AUGUCAAGUAGUCAGAGAUCUGAGAGUUCGCAUUCAUUUUUCAAAAAGUAUGUCUCUCACAAGAACUCAUUGAUGGAUUUUAUCACUCGAUUCAAUCGAGCACUAAGACACCAAAGACACAAUGAGUUAGUUGCUGAUCAUAUUGACAUGAAUGAGCAUCCCAAAAUCAAAACAAAUUGGCCGAUGGAAACACAAAUGGUUAAAGUGUACACGAAGAAAAAAUGGACGGAGUUUCAAGAUGAAAUGAGUCAAAGUCAUGGUUACUUUGUGGAGCAUACCACUACAAGAGAUGAUAUCAUGAUGUACAAUGUUGUAAGUUUUCAAAGUUCCUCCUCAAAACCAAGGCAACUCAUGCAUGAUAGACAAAGAGAUCAUAUAUCUUGUAGUUGUGGAAAAUUCGAGUUUGAUGGCAUUCCGUGCAGACACAUGCUAGCUUUCUUCCGGAUUAGCCAAAUAUUUGAACUACCUAAGAAGUAUAUACUCAAAAGAUGGACGCAAGAAGCAAAGAUUGGUGUUGUUUAUGCACUAGAUGAUGAAAAUACCAACGAUGAUCCAACAAGACUUUUGAUGACACGACGCUCCAAGUUAUCCUAUAAGGCAUCAAUAUUGAUUGAUUAUGCAUCUUUGACUGAUGAGGGGACAAAGUUUUUGAAUAAACAACUUGAUUCAUUGCAUGGAAAAAUCAAAGAGAUGGGUGCUAGUUCAACCACUGUGCCCAGUAGUCAAACAAGGAAGAACUUAGAUAAACCCAGAAAUAUUGGCGAUCCUUCUAAUAUAAGAACAAAGGGAUGCAGUAAGAGAAUGUUAUCGUCAAAGGAGAAGUCAACUUUAAAGUCUAGAGCUUGUCAUGGAUGUGGACUAAGUGGAGUAUCACAUGAUAAACGUAAUUGUCCAAAAUUGCAUGACUGGUAUGUGAAUUGCUGUUGA